CCCUCUCUGCCGCGGACGCGUUUUCUCGUAUUCGUUUUCACCUUCUUUGAGCUUUUCUUUCCUUUGCUUCUCAGCUUUCAUGUUUUCAACGCACAUUGUUUGCAUUUGACCCCACCUUUGAAUUGAAAGACGAAGAUGCCCAUUUCCCACCAGCGGUGGUAAUCACGGGGAGGAUCGCCCUCUUCAUUUUCUCCACUUUCACUGUUGCCACUGUUCCUUCGUUUCAUUGUUUCAAUCCUGUGCUCACUAUCGAAAGGUUUCAUCAUUUAUAGUGGAUCAGCAUACUAAGGGAAAGAAUUUGUAUUUCUUGUUAAUAUGGUUCUAGGAAUAAGAUCAAAGAGUAGAAAAACUGUCUCAAUCCAAGUGCACUACAUUAUCCAUGUUCAGGAGAUCAAGCCCUGGCCUCCUUCUAAAUCACAGAGAUCUGCUCAAUCAGUAGUACUGCAAUGGGAAAAUGGUGAUAAAAAUUCAGGAUCUUUUGCUUGUAGUUCAAGGGAUGGGAAAAUUGAGAUCAACGAGUCUUUCAGGCUUCCAUUACUUUUAUUGAGAGAGUCAUCCAAAAGAGGUAAACACCAUGACAUUUUUCAGAAGAAUUGCUUAGACUUCUACUUAUAUGAACGCCAAAACGACAAGACAGCCAAAAGUCAACUCUUGGGAUCAGCCACAAUAAACAUAGCAGAUUAUGGAGCUAUUAAGGAAAUUACAGCCGUAAACACUCAGGUGAACUGCAAGAGGAGUUUCAGAAACUCAGCACACCCAUUUCUUUAUAUUAAUAUUCAGCCAUUUGAUGUAGAGGGCUCUGACUCAUCUCCGAAGAGCAGUGUGUCAAAAGAAUUGUCGCUGGACAAGGAAGAAAGUGAAUCUGCAACACAGUCCCUAAAUGAUGAGGAUGUUGAAAUUGCCUCUUUUACUGAUGAUGAGAUUGAUGGUAUUUCUUCAAAUACCUCACAAACUGUCAAAUCCACUUCUGAGACUACAGGAGAUAAGGUUGAAAUUAGCAAACUAGGAACAGUGGGAUUAACUGGAGGAUCCAUUGUACCCAUGGAGACAUCUUCUGGUAGCUCACAUAUAGAAGCAGAGACUGGGGCAUCAUUGCACUCAUCAUCUCUGGUCUUGUCCUCAGAUACUAGCAAUACUACGUAUGAUAGGACUUCUUUACUAAAAUUUCCUGAGGAUCAUACCAAGGUUGCUGAUGCAAGUUCUGAAAUUCUGGAAUAUGCUAACCCAAAUAUAAAAGCAGAGGCUGGAGCAUCCAAAAAAUUCAAUGGAAUUAAAUUGCCCUCACCAUCUGUGACCUUGUCCUCGGAUAUUGGCAAUACCACAUAUAAUAGGCCUUCACCCAAAAUUUCUGAGCAGCAUGUCAAGGUUGGUGAUGUAAGUUCUAAGAUUCCAGACUUUCCUAGCUCACAUAUUAAAGAAGAGGCUGGAGUGUCGAAACAAUUAAAUGGAAUCAAAUUACAUUCGCUGUCUAUGGUCUUGUCCUCAAACACUGGCAAUGCUACAUAUGAUAGGUAUUCUUCACCAAAAUUUCCUGAGGAAUGUGUGGAUGAUGCUGAUGCAAGUUGUAAACUUCCAGGAAGCACUCGACGAUCAAGUAGUCAAAAUAUUUCCCAGGGUGCCAUGGUCAAAAGCUUAUCUGCAUCAUACAUUAUGCAAUCAAACAUCAAAAGCUUUUCUCAAUCUCAGGAUAAGGAACUUCUUCAUAAUCCAUCUGAAGAUGAUUAUCCAAGAAAUGGAAAAAUGGCAAGUGCUACUCGUCCCUUGAGUAGGAAAUCCGAUGAACAUCCCAGUAAUGUUUUGAUUAAUGAUAAACCAGAGGAUUUGAUAACUCUUAAAUUGCAUGUAGACACUUCUGAGAAUUAUGGUUUAUUUGGUAAAAAUCAAGCCGCAAACAAGGCAGAGGAAAAUAGUACUCUGAAUGGUGAUCAUGUUGAUGCUGCUUGUCAUGAAGGCUCUAGUACAAAUGGCAGCUUUAAUAAUAAUGAAACUGAACUGAAGUCUGAAGUUCAAAUGCUACAAGAAGAGCUGAGGGAAGCUGCUGCUCUCGAAAUUUCACUUUACUCUGUUGUUGCUGAUCAUGGAAGCUCAGCAAACAAGGUUCACGCCCCUGCUCGGCGCAUUUCUAGAUUCUAUUUGCAUGCUUUUAGAGUUGGAUCACCUGCUGCCAGAGCUAAUGCAUCCCAAAGUGCUGUUUCAGGAUUUGUUUUGGUUUCAAAAGCAUGUGGAAAUGAUGUCCCAAGGUUGACCUUCUGGCUCUCAAAUUUAAUUUCGUUGAGAGCUAUUGUAGGCAAAGGAAUUGAAAAGAUACAACUUGAUGACAGUCUGUGCACCGAUAGUGAAAGAAAUGGAUCAGUUAAUGGAAGCUUGCUGAAGAGGUCACCUUCUCCUCAUGAUGGAGAAAAAGAAAAUGCAACAAAAUUUUUUCAUAGUUGGGAGGAUCCACAAACAUUUUUAUUUGCAUUGGAAAAGAUUGAAGCUUGGAUAUUCUCGCGAAUUGUUGAGUCUGUGUGGUGGCAGACCCUGACUCCACAUAUGCAGUCUGCUGCUGCUAAGAGCUCCAGCUCAAGGAAAAUCUAUGGAAGAAGACAUGGUUUAGGUGAUCAAGAGCAGGGAAGCUUCUCCAUUGACUUAUGGAAGAGAGCUUUUAAGGAUGCCUGUGAAAGACUUUGUCCUCUUCGAGCUGGGGGGCAUGCUUGUGGUUGUUUGCCUGUGAUAGCUAGAUUGGUGAUGGAGCAGCUUGUAAAUCGACUUGAUGUGGCAAUGUUUAAUGCUAUUCUCCGUGAAUCAGCUGAAGAGAUGCCAACUGAUCCUAUAUCUGACCCCAUUAGUGAUUCUAGGGUUCUUCCAAUUCCUGCAGGAAAAUCAGGCUUUGGGGCUGGUGCACAACUAAAAAAUGCUAUUGGGAACUGGUCAAGAUGGCUCUCAGAUUUAUUUGACAUUGAUGAUUGUGACUCUCCUGAAGAUCGGAAUGAAGAUGAUGACAACGGGAGUCCAGAGUGUGAGACAUCCUUCAAGGCUUUCCAUCUCCUUAAUUCACUGAGUGAUCUAAUGAUGCUUCCUUUUGAAAUGCUUGCUGACGCAUCUCAAAGAAAAGAGGUAUGCCCUACAUUUGGCGUCCCAUUGAUAAAGAGGGUUCUGAACAAUUUUGUUCCUGAUGAGUUUUGCCCAGGGCCCGUCCCUGAUACUGUUCUUGAGACCCUGAAUACUGAGUGGCAGGAUAUUCAGGAUGACGAAGGGUCCAUCGCCAGCAUUCCACAUAUUGCCGCCCCAACAUCCUAUGCACCACCUGCAGCAAUCUCAGUUACAGCCAUAAUACAAGAAUUGGGCUCCCAAUCUCUGCGUAGAAGUGGAUCGUCAGUGGUAAAAAAGUCAUACACUAGUGAUGACGAGCUUGAUGAUUUAGAUUCACCCUUAUCUGCUAUUGGGAUUGAUGAACCUUCACUUUUAUCUAACAAGUUCACAGCAGUAACUGAAGGUCGUAAUUUUGUUAGAUAUGAGCUUCUGCGAGAAGUAUGGAGGGACAGUGAAUGAAGACCCGUUCCCAUGUGAUUCUCGUUUUCUUGGCCUCUUAUGUAUACUGUUUGCAUACUUUCCAAUAACAUGUUCAGUCAUUCUUACCAUUUUAAAAAAAAAAAAAAAAGGGUUCAUUCCCGGCAUUCUACUGAAUUUCUUCAAACUUGAUGCAUAGAAAAUUUUGUAACGACAAGAUUCGAGUUUCGACGUUCCACGUGGAGAAUGACGCCAAAACAAGCAAAUCUUGACAGCCACUGAUCUACGCUCUGAUACUCUGCAAAGUCUGUUUCGCGGUUAUCGUUUUCUUUGAUCGCGGGAGAUGCUGAUCCCUCCCCAAUCCCAAGCCGGAGUCAAAUAUCCAUAGAGAUCAAAUGGUAAAGGAAAUGGGGAACCACAGCUUCCACAACUUCGUCUCUUUUUUGUUCCCUAUCUCCCUUUGUAUAUUUCUGAGGGAAGGGGUCCUCACGGCUCAAUCAAUAAGUUGAUGCCCAAAUGCAAGUAACUAAAGGUUUUUAAUUUUCGUUGUGGUGUAGUUAUUCUUUUAGACAAUUUUAUGUUUCAAUUGACUCGAUCUUCCAUAAAAUAAACGAACGAGCGAACGAACUUGUA